CGAACAGCCGGGUGUGAGGAGUGUGUGCGCUGCAAGCAGUGUGUGAGGGUGUGAGUGCGCUGCAAGCAGUGUGUCUGGGUGCACCUCGACUCCCCUGAUCACCCCCGACCACCAGACACGAGAUGAUUCUCAGGUGUACUGGGGUCCUGCUGGUUUAUGCUUCAUGUCUUGCUGUUCUGGUUUCUUCUCAAGACAAAGGGAGAGCAAAUGUAGAAGUUGGCCUUUUGCAGUUGAUUGGAGAUCCUCCACCAGAACAAAUCACCAAAAUCUUUGGGCCUGACAAGAAUCCAGGCUAUGUAUUUGGAGAGGAUGCCAACACAGGACAGGUGGCCCAGUACCACCUACCAAAUCCAAUGUUUAGGGACUUUUCUCUUAUUUUCCAUAUACAGCCAAGCACUAACAAAGCAGGAAUGUUGUUUUCCAUCACUGAUGCCUCUCAGUCCAUUGUGUACAUUGGGGUGAAGCUAUCUGAGGUCAAAGGUAAUAAGCAGCAAAUCAUAUUUUACUACACCGAGCCUGGCUCACAGGUUUCAUAUGCUGCUGCCACUUUUAAUAUCCCAUCCCUGGUGAAUCGCUGGACGCGUUUUGCAAUCAGUGUCGAGGACGAGGAAGUUGUGCUGUUUCUGGAUUGCGAUGAACUGGAGAGAGUGCGGUUCGAGAGGUCACCUGAUGAGAUGGAACUUGAAGAUGGAUCUGGGCUAUUUGUAGCCCAGGCAGGAGGUGCUGAUCCUGACCGUUAUCAGGGUGUAAUCGCUGAACUGAAAAUCAAAAAUGACCCCAGGGCUGCAGAACACCAGUGCGAAGAGGAAGGGGAUGACUCCGAUAUUAUUUCUGGAGACUUUGGCAGUGGCAGUGCGGAAACUGAAGUGGUGACACAACCUCCUGUGCGCCUCAGGGAACAGGCACCCAUCACGGUUCCACCUAUUGAGAGACCUUCAAUCAUUAAAGAGACUGUGAGCAUCCAAAGCGGGGUCUUAGAGGCUGAAUCUACAGCAGGAGGCCAACAAGGGCAUAAGGGACAAAAAGGAGAUCGGGGAGAAAAAGGUGACCAAGGAUCUGCUGGACCAAAGGGGGAUAUGGGCACAAGUGUGAGCUCAGGCGCUGCCAUGAAAGGAGAAAAAGGUGCAAAAGGAGAACUUGGAGUAAAGGGUGACCCAGGCUUUGGAUAUCCUGGAUCUAAGGGUCAGAAGGGAGACCCUGGAGUUCAGGGCCCUCCAGGACCACCAGGACCAUUGCUAGUCCAGGAUAAUGAUGGAAGUACACUGCAACAAGUCAAGGGACCUCCUGGUCCUCCAGGUCCACCAGGAUCUCCUGGAAAUGAUGGAGAACCAGGUGAUCCAGGAGAGGAUGGAAAAGCUGGUGAAGUUGGACCUCAGGGCUUUCCAGGAACCCCAGGAGACCCUGGGCAGAAGGGAGAGAAAGGCGAUGCUGGUAUUGGAAUGAGAGGACCUCCAGGGCUACCUGGACCCCCAGGACCCCCUGGCCCAUCUUCCAAAAUGGACAAACUGACAUUCAUUGACAUGGAGGGUUCUGGAUACAGUGGGGACUUGGAGAACUUGAAGGGACCACCAGGUUUGCCUGGCCCUCCUGGGCCACCUGGCGUACCUGGAUUACCAGGAGUGCCCGGAACAUUUGGUGGAAAUACUACAGGAUUGCCUGGACCCCCUGGGCUGCCUGGUAUUCCAGGAAAUGAUGGACUCCCAGGACCCCCUGGACCACCGGGUAUACCUGGAAAAGAUGGAGCUGUGGGUCCACCUGGCCUUGCUGGACAGAGGGGUGAAGAUGGAGAGAUUGGUUUACCAGGAGUACCUGGAUCGAAGGGUAGCACUGGGGAACCUGGACUCCUGGGACCGCCUGGCGAACCUGGCUUAGCUGGACUCCCAGGACCUAUGGGACCACGUGGGUUACCAGGUCCUCCGGGUCCACCUGGCCCUGCAGGGACAGGAAUUCCUGUUGGAUUUGAUGACAUGGAAGGCUCUGGAAUUGGUUUCAUUACCAGAGGUGACGGGUUACCGGGACUUCCUGGACCUAAGGGAGAAGAGGGGAAUCCAGGUUUGCCAGGGCUUCCAGGGCAAAAGGGUGAUCGGGGGAUAGCAGGUUUGGAUGGAAGACCAGGGUUGGAUGGAUUCCCAGGUCCUGAGGGCGUGAAGGGUGACAAAGGAGAGCCGGGUGAACAGGGACGACCUGGGCGUGAUGGAGUGGGACUUCCAGGCCCACCCGGACCUCCUGGUCAAAUUGUUUAUGUAUCAUCAGACCAGAAGGAGGGAAUUUCAGCUGUUCCUGGAUCAGAUGGCCAAGAAGGUAAAGCUGGCUUCCCGGGCCCAAUAGGACCCAAAGGAGAGACAGGACCUCAAGGUUUUCCUGGAAUUCCAGGGAUAAAGGGAGAUAAGGGAGAAUCUGGAAUGCUUUUGGGACCUGAUGGUACUCCUCUUGCUGAGCUUCCAAAAGGGGAAAAGGGCGACAUAGGACCAAGAGGCCCUAUGGGACCUGAGGGUCCACGUGGACAAAAAGGAGAGAUUGGUUUCCCUGGGAGAUCUGGUCGCCCUGGUAUGAACGGACUAAAAGGAGAGAAGGGUGACCCUGCUGACCCUAGCAGUAUGUUUGGACUCAUGGGUCCUCCAGGCCCACCUGGCCCACCUGGUCCUCCUGGGAAUACUGUUUAUGGAGAGGGAAAUGUCCAAGGUCCUCAAGGAUAUCCAGGUCAAAAGGGAGAGAGAGGAUUUCCUGGAACAAAAGGUGACCAAGGUGACCCCGGCCCAGCUGGCCCGCCAGGUGUCUUCCCUUAUGAUCUGAGUACAUUUGCAUCCAGAUUGAGGGGAGAAGCUUUACUUAAAGGUGAAAAGGGUGAGCCUGGAGGUGAUCCCUUUGGUCAGGGACUACCAGGGCCUCCUGGAAACCCUGGAUAUCCAGGUUUGCCGGGUGCCAAAGGAGAAAGCAUUCAAGGCCCCCCAGGGCCACCUGGCCCUCAGGGACCUCCUGGAAUUGGAUACGAAGGAAGACAAGGUCAACAGGGACCACCAGGCCCUCCUGGUCCUCCUGGGCUCCCGUCAUUCCCUGGUCCCCACAGACAAAAUAUUAAUAUUCCCGGGCCUCCUGGGCCACCAGGCCCACCGGGGCCUCCAGGAACAUCAGGAGGAUCAUCUGGGGUUACUGUCCUGCAAACGUAUCAAACAAUGCUGAACAUGGCCCAAAGGAUGCAGGAAGGGACCAUUGUGCUUGUACUUGAGCGUACAGAGCUAUAUGUGAGAGUGAGAGACGGAUUUAGAAGAAUUCUUCUUGAAGCGAAGGACCGAUUUGCAUCACCAGGGCUUGGAAAUGAAGUUGCUGUGGAACAGCCACCUGUUAUUCAGUAUCCACCCAGCAGGGAAUCUGGCUACUAUCAGAAUCCACAAAGUAAUGCAGAACCAAAUAUCCCACCCCCUGAGAGAUCUUGGAACGAGCCACAAUACCCAGAACCACCAAGAGUGGAACCACAAUACCCAGAACCACCAAGAGUGGAACCACAGUAUCCAGAGCCACCACCUCAGAUUCCCCAAAGACAACCAGAGCAAGAGAGAAAUCAUCCCUCUCAUGUCCACACACACCAGGAAUACCAGGCUGCGCUGCACCUAGUGGCUCUCAAUGCUCCUUUGAGUGGCAGCAUGCGAUCCAUCCGAGGAGUGGACUUCCAGUGUUUUGAGCAAGCACGCAAAGCUGGUCUUCACGGAACAUACAGAGCAUUCCUCUCCUCACGUCUUCAAGACCUGUACAGCAUUGUACGCAGAGCUGACCGAGCAUCUGUGCCAAUUGUCAAUCUCAGGGAUGAGAAAUUGUUUGACAACUGGGAGGUCUUGUUUUCUGGCUCUGAGGCGCAGAUGAAUCCAGGUUCUCGUAUACUGUCGUUCGAUGGAAGGGAUGUUGCUCUGGACUCUACUUGGCCACAGAAGAUGAUAUGGCAUGGGUCUGAUGCCAAGGGUCGUCGUUUGACUGAGAGUUACUGUGAAACCUGGCGCACAGAUGUAAAUGCAGUGACUGGCCAGGCUUCGUCUCUACGCAGCGGGAAGCUCCUAGAACAGCGUCCACAAAGCUGUGACAAGAACUUCAUUGUCUUGUGUAUCGAAAACAGCUUCAUGUCUUCCGUCCAGAAAUAAGAGCACGAUAACCAGCUUGAAGGAUGCUCAUUUUGACAGAGACUGCACACAGACUUUACAAGAUUCCCUCUUUUGUCCAGAGACCAAAGAGUGUCUGAAGCUGCUCACAACUGAACUCUUUAGUGCAGUUUACUGUCCUAGUUUUCCUGAGGGGUUAUAUCACGUUGAUACACUGUGUGAGCUAUUCCCUGCCUUGUCUCAAAACUAUUGUGGCAUCGUCGAAGAGGCUGCAACUCCAAAAAAAAAUGCAUUGAGAAUCCCGCACAGAUCCCCUUCAUUCUAGUUGUGCUGUCUUCUACUGAAAGCCCAGUCACUGCUAGAGUGUUUAGGUUGCAGAACCCAAAUGCCCUCAAAAUAAAUAAGCUCAUGAAUGCCCUUCCGGGCAGCUUUACGAUAGGUGCAAGUGUCAUGUUACUGAUGCCUACAGUCCAUUUGCAUCCUAUUAGUGGAAUAGCCUCUUUUUUUUAAUUUUGUAAUAUUUAACCACUCUUAGUUACACAGACACACAUUAUCUGAGCAUUUAUCUCUCUUGUAAACAUCUGUUUCCUUGUUUUCUCUAUGACAAAACACCUGGCAACCACACCAAAAUAUUUAUUAGAUUAUAGCUAAAAAGGGUAAUUAACAAAAUGCAAGCUUGCUAUUCCAAUGGCCUUUUGUUGAACCCAACAUUGCAUUAUACUGAAUAAGAUACC